AUGAAAUUAUACAGAUUACCAGAGUAUAGGGAAGUUAUGAGGAAAACACAAGAUUUUGGAGGAAUUGAUCCAGAAAUGCUGAAAGAGAAGAGCAAUAUUAAUGGAUGUUGUGGUGCUGGAGACCCAUAUAUAGCGGCAACAGUUUUCGACCUUAUUCUUCAAGAUAUGAAAAUUACUUAUCAUAAUAUCAGUAUAACUGACCAAUCCAUGCUCACCUAUUAUGCAUAUAAUGGAUAUAUUCCAUCCCUCAAUCUCCAUCCCGACGGAUUGCUUAUGGCCGAUCAAACUAAAAUUAAUACAUCAGUUUUUGGUCAAUUCCGUGAAAUAAAUUCAUCUAAACUAGUAAAAGGAAAAUUCAAGUGGUUGCAUCACUUGAAUUACCGUCUACCAAAAGAAUUUCUCUUGGAGAUUUAUAGACACUGUCCAAGAGACGAUAUAAACGUCAAAAACUAUUUUCCACGUUUAUCAGAUUUUGAAAUUGAUGAAUAUGAAAGAAAAAUGAAGAAAAAUCAAAAAUAA